CGAGCAAAUAGUACUGCCGGCCAGCUAGCGCUAAUUAUAAGCAUCGCCUCUCAAGACCCGAGCAUCGAGGCAGGCUCGCUCGGGAGCCGGGCUCGGGGGCGCACUCCCGACCAGCGCUCAUAAAAGGGCCGCCACGUCGCUCAGAAAUCUCACAUUCACGUCGUGAGCCGUUCAUCACCCCAGCGCCAUCCUCGACGACUGCUGCGACAUACGCGACGUGUGACUAGUGCAAGGCCUUCUUCCCUUGGGUCCCAAGUUUGGGUCCUCCCUGCUGCCCCUUAUUAGCUCGAAAACUCUCGCCUCGGCUGCCAUCAAAUCAGUUGUAGAACUAUCAGGAAGAGAGAGAGAGAGAGAGAGAGAGAGGCUCAGAGAGCGAGGAAGCGAUUGUUCUUCAGAGGGAGGUAGAGAAGGAAGAGAGAGAGAGAGGAGACAGCAUCACAGGAAGAUCAGCGGAAGGAGAACCAUGGAGAGAUCCAAGAGCAUGGUGCAGUUGCAGGAUCCCAGGAAUGCCUACAUGCAAACCAAAGCACCGGACGAAGUGGUGAGUGUCACUCUCGCUCCACGCCCGAAGAAGCGAGUCUCUUGGCAACCGAGUGUCGUAGAUAACGAACUGCUUCAAAAGAAGACGUACGAGAAGGAGUUCUUCUUCAAUCAGGACAUCUGGGGAUGAAGGAUUCUGUGACAGUUCGACAUUUUCAAUCACAACAUGUUACUGAGUGUCAUGUCAAUGGCCAACGUGUUACUGUAUGGAGAACGAGUGUAUCAUACCGAGCGGUCUGUGGCAACAUUUACAGCACACUCUCACCCGACUUCCGCUCGCGACAGGCGCAUUGGUCGUAUGCCCCUGCUGUAAAUCGGAGCUCCGAUCAAGUGUAUCGGAUUCUUCGUCUUGGGCGACAACGCACAGAGGAAAUUUUGCUGCCAGUUCAAGAACUCAAGCAUCUAUUUGCAGUUGAUCAGUUUCAUCUUUACGGUUGCUCAUUGUGCCUCUUGAGGCAAUCCGACUAUUGUUAUCAAGCAGUUCAAGUCACCUAGUGGCCCUGUCUUCACACUCCCUGAACGUAAUAGCAGUCAACGCGCAGAACAUCUAGUCCUCCAGAGCUCAUGAUCAGCUUCAGCUCGUUUUUCUGCUUGAAAGUUCUGCACAUAUAGUUCAUAGGCCAUGUACAGGAAAGAUCUAGGAAUGUAGGUGUAAAUCGACUGGAUCCAAAGUAUGCGUUGUCAUCGGAUUCCAAGUAAUCAACCAUGUAUAGUGUACACUCUGUAAUUACAGCUAGCGUAAUCAAUUGGCGAAUGUGUGAUCAGCUCACGCAAAGUCUCUGUUAUGCUCAUUUUGUUCUCUCUGUGAAGAAGUCCUUGGUACUUCUCUAGGGUUCCUAACCUUGCAUGAAACGAGUAUGAGAUGCCUUCAUAGUGCUUUCAUAGUGCUUGUCGUCAGAACAGGCGACACAUCGGACGCUGUCCACUCAGAAACUAUCACAUUUGUAGUUUUCAAAGCGAUUUUAGUGACAGCAGGUCGGGGUGUUGAGUGAACAUGCGGCAUGACUUUUCACAUAGGAGUAAUCCACUCUACGUUUGAGGAAACUAUGCACACCUUCAUGGCUGGCAACCAAAUGCCCAUGGUAUGAGGUUACCGAGAAGACUUCACACUGAUCACCAUGCAUCCUUGUCUUUAUUCUGCUCAUUACGCCAAGUCCAUCUUCAGUUCUGUAUUGUCUGUGCUGUGAAAUGUUGUCUCAUCCAUAGUCCU